ACUGGCACAGGCGGUAGCAAGAGGAGGCCAAGACGAAACAGAACAAGAGAAAUCACAAAGCCCCCGGCGGGAAAAGCUUUUUCUAAAAGCUGUAUACGAAGGCAGGAUUUAGGGAUGUCUUCUCAGUUGGAUUUAAUAUAACACAACAUGGGUUUUAACCUCAGGGAGAUCUUCUCUUUGUUUUGAGACGCUGAAGGUGGCAAAAGUUGGUUUCACGACCAAACUACUACCAACCUGCGGCCCCGAGUGGAACAUUGCCACCGACUAUCAGGAUCAUCUCUUUUGGAGGCUAAUGCAGGUGGCGUCCAUCGCUCUCGGCAGUGAAAUGGAAACCGAGCCAUGUAGUGGAGAGCGCGAGGAUCCUGCAGUGGAGCAUACCGUGUCUGAGGUGUACCAGCUCGUUGGUGGGCAUGCAGAGGUCAACAAGGAGCCGGCUGAAACAGAGAGCUGUGCAGGUGAGAGUGAGAACGCAGAGGCGAAAGCCCCCGCUGGUCCCGAGAAAAGUGAAGACACGGGAUGCAAGCAGCAGAGGAAACUGAAAAAAACAAACAGCUGGAAGAUGGUGAGAUUUCAAGAACCAUCAACAGAGGAUGAUGUCCUGGAGAGAGACAGCUCGGCGGAGAGUCUCUUCCCAGAGUGUGUGACUGCUGAGUGGACUUCCUCUUCCUUUGAAGACCUGUUUGCGGCAGACGAUUGGCAAGACAUCACAGAGGAUCGUCUGUUGAGGAAGAAGGUAGUGGAGUUCGGGGCCCCGGACACGCUCAGCCCCACCUGGGGCCAAUCGGUUACCGUGGAGAUGCAGUGUGUCCUGGAGGACCGCACCGUGGUGGAGAAGGACUGUAGGCUCGCCCUUGUUAUCGGAGAAGGAGAUGUUAACCAGGCCCUGGAGGAGUGUGUCAUGUCCAUGCAAAAGGGUGAGAUCACAUUACUCCUGGCGGAUUCUUUGUAUGCCUAUGGACUACUGGGACGGGAGCCUGAUAUUCCAGCCUGGGCUGCUUUACUCUACCAACUCCAGCUGCUGGAUGUCAGAGAGAAACCGGACCCGUUAACUCUGCCCGUCGCAGACCGCAUCCGCAUUGGCAACCAGAAGCGAGAGCGAGGAAACUUUAAUUUCCAGCGGGAGGAAUACAGCAUGGCUGUCAGAGCCUAUUCGAUGGCUCUGGAUGUGUUAAUCACAUGCGGAAGAGAUGGCGGCGAGAAGGUUGAGGAGGAGGAGGAGGAGGUGCGGGACUACCGGGUGAAGUGUUUGAACAACCUGGCCACCGCUCAGCUCAAGCUGGAGCGCUACGACGAGGCGCUGCACACCAGCCGGGACGUUCUGACCCUCGAGCCAAAUAACGUCAAGUCCCUUUUCAGGCUGGGAAAGCUCCAGUCAGAUAUGGGGGAAUACGAAGAGGCAAUGGAGGUGCUAAAAAGGGCCUUGAAACUGGAGCCGGCCACAAAGGCGAUCCACGUUGAGUUAUCUAAACUGGUCAAAAGGCAGUCAGGAGGCAGAGAUAUUCAAGGGUGGAAACCUAAACCAGCGGAGCUGCUUGGAGAGAAUAUCACACCUUUUCUGAUUCCCUCAAAGAAGAAAGAAUCUGGAACGUCCUGGAAGUGUAUACUCUGCGCGCUGGUUGUGGCCUUGAGCAGUUUAGUGACGUCGCUGAUCCUGACGGCGAGAAACUGACGUUGUCUGUUUGUUCAAGUCCUCAUUAAUUCAUUUGUAAAGAGUUUUUUUUUUACUGCUGAAGUGAAGUUGAAGUUUACUGUCAAGUAAAUACCAGCAAAGAUUUCAUCUUUCCAGAUGUCUGUUUAUUUGGAAAAGUGAUAAAAACACAACAAAAGUGAUCCAGGAACUUUUUGUCAAGAAUGUAAUCUUUGAAGGUUUUCGAAACUGCGAUGUUAUCUCGAUCACGCGGAUGCUUAAUAAAAUUGUUAAAAAUG